UGCAUGCAUCCAAUGCAAGCUUAAUAUUAAGCUAAUCAAAUCUUCUUCUUCUACAUCAUCAUCAUCUUUCUUGUUCGAGUGUUGUAAGAGAAAAAUGAUUAUUAAGCAAUUAUUAGUUUUUGCUGCAGCUGUGAUGCUAGCAAGCCUGGUAGUGUCAGUUAAUGGGAGUAAUUUCGCAUUUUAUAAGCUGAGUUUGACAUGGCCGAAUUCAGUAUGUAAGAUGACCACCUGUAAGACACCCAUACCCACAUAUUUCACCAUCCAUGGCUUAUGGCCAACAUUUGGCAAUGAUAUCCCGGUUCCUCCUUAUAAUCCAACUUCUAAUAAAUGCAAUCCUAAUCCUACAUCUCCAGAUGAUAUUGUGGGCGAAUUGGCACCCAUUAAAGGUGAAUUAGACAAAAAGUGGCCAAACCUUUGGGUGCGCAAAACCAACGUUGAUUUUUGGAAAAUCCAAUGGCAACACCAUGGAAUGUGCUCUGAUUAUCCUCACGAUCCUUUGGAUUAUUUCAAAGAUACCUUAAAUUUAGCUCAAUCCAAACGCUUCGACCCAUUCAAAGCUCUGGGAGUUCAACCAUCAGAUCAAACUCCACAUCUAUUGCACACUUUAUUAGAAAACGCAUACAAAAACUUUGGAGCCUAUCCUCAAAUUACAUGCAGCAUGCCAAAGAAAGGUAUACUUUUGUUGAAGGAGAUUCGUUUUUGCCUUAAAAGAACCAAGAAAACACCACCUUCUGUGGUUCAAAAUUGCCCCACCAAUGUUGGUGAUCGAUGUACUAACCCUCUCACUGACUAUGUUUGGCUUCGUGCAACUCCUACCAUUUUUGGCCCUCAUAAUGUAACUUCGGACUUAUUGGCUUCUACUUAGUGGUGGGGGAGUUUGAAUAUUAGCACAAUAAUGAAUAAAGAAAUGUCUUCGACUAGAUCCAGAAAUAUAUGUAUUUGUAUAUGUGUAUGUUAAAUAAAAGACUAUGUACUAAUCUUCCCAUGA